UUUGAUUCCUAUAAUUAUUACUUCUGUCUUGAAGUUUAGUUGCACUCAGGCCCAGCCUUCUUGGUUGUCCUGGCUCCGCGCCUGGUACUACAUACUUGAAAUACAUGCCGGCCGGUAGCUAGGUCUUUAGCUGGCCGCCCGUCCGUCCAUCUCGGCCAACGGGGUAAUCCUCUGCCGCGCGAACCUCCCGCGGCACGCCAUCUGCCCCAGCUUGCAUCUGGCAAUUUGCUAGGUCUCAAACUUCAGUUCGGCAAGAUUUGUUCGGCAACUCCAAGUUUUUAAACUUUUUAGGUCUCCAGCUUCAAACAGCACCAAAAUCUCAUCCCAUUCACCAUUUCAGCACGACCGACGAGAAAACGACCAGUUUUCUUCAACGGGGAGUCUAUACCAGCUACCAGCGCCCACAGCACGGCAGCACCCCUGCGACCCACCACAAGCUACCGCGCGCAGCGCUUUUCCCUGCCGUCCGCCGCCCAGCUUGACUGGCUGACUGUCGACUGUGUCAAUCGGCCGCACCUGCACGCUGAAAAAACUCUGAUUUCCGUCUUUCCUACCCCCUACUCAUCCAGCAUUCAGUCCAUGCAAUUUUCGGCGGAAUUUUCACAAUGGAUUAUCCGGAGACAGUCUCUAUGUGCUUUAGUAUAGGGGUAAGACUGCGUAGGGGUAAGACUGCGUACAUCUGACCUCCCUUACCCCACCGAAGGUGGGAGCCUUUGCGGCACAGGGGUAAUGAUGAUAAUGAUGAUGAUUGAGCAUUCUUGCUGUUAACAGGGGUAAUUAGCAUCAUGUAUGUUUGUUAAGCAUAUUCUCAAAUUUCUUUUACCUCACCAGAUGACCAUAAAUGUUUUGUAAAAAGUUUCUGAACAUGAAUGGAUGGAAUAUGCCAUAUCUCAUUAUCACUGCAAUGUGGUCUGUAACAUGGUAAGAGGAAACAAUUAGACACCAUGAGUCGCACUUGUAUCAUUGUAUAUGAUUAAAAUUUAUUGGUAUUUUAACUAAAUUUAACUUGGAGCAGUAUUUAAGUAUCAACCCCAUUUUUAAAUAUGAUUGUUACUUAUCAAGAUCAUUUUAAUAUUAUCUAACCUUAUCAUAUGAUGUGGUGGAUUGUUGUAGAGUUAAAUUUGUGGCAUUUUUUUAUUUGCCUUUGAUGAAAACUUCUAUUCUUGUAAAAUAUUUGUAAUACUUCUUUUUGUAUUUUACCUAGUUGCAAUUGAAGUUUUUUUAUAUAUUAAUUCUUUACCAUGCUCCAUUGAAAUGCUAAAUUGAAAUGCUAAAUCCACCCCUGUUCAUAAUGUGAGUGAUGAUAUAAAAUUAUAAAUGAGUUCCUAGAAUAUUAGGCAGUGCAUGAGAAUGGGAUUUGCAACCUUGGAGUCACCUAAAUCUAUGAUGUACAUUUAUAUUUUUUUUAUUGUAGUUAGUCUAUAGACAGUAAUUUCCAUCAAAACCACAUCCUGAACUUUAUUUGUCUCUCUGUUAUUGAUUUUCUUCGAACUAAGCAUAUCCUUAUUCCUAAUAUUGUUAAUUAGCGUUUUUGAACAGUUGAAUCAUAUUAGCGAUUCCUCAACAGUCAGUCGUCACCUACUCAAUGCGAUUUCGCAUUGAAUUUCUCGUGCCUGCUGAUCCCCAAACAAGAUUCAAGCACCAGUAAGUGUAAAUGGUGAUGGCAAAGCUCAGGCCAUGUCUUUCAUACGUUCACCAUUUCCUUCCCGCACACAAGCUCUCUUCAUCUGCAGUGCUCGAGGAGUCCAUCAGGGCAGCCAUCGAGAACAAACAUUAUGAGCGAAUUCCCGACCUCAUCGCUGCUACCAACCCCUCUCUGCAGACCCACAACCCUUUCUCAUUCCUCUCGACCUUCCCGGAGAGUGCUAGAAUCAGGGUCGUUGAUGACAUUUUGCAGUCAUUUAUUCCUCUCCGACCCCGUUAUCGUCCUUCGAGAGCCUAUUCUUUUCUUCUCUCUUACACCCUACAGAGCUCGAACCCGCUCCCUAUAGCUCUUGUGAUUCUUCAACGUACUAUCCGUUCUGGCUGUCUUCCUCCCCCUCAAUCCCACUUGCUCCUUUCCAAUGCGUGGAUUAAACGCAGGAAGAAUCUGCUCUCGGUCUCUGAGAUACUGUCAGAAAUGAAUGCGAUUGGAUAUAAUCCUGAUUCCGGAACUUGCAAUUACCUUAUUUCCUCACUAUGCAAGGUGGAUCAAUUGAAAGAAGCCGUUAAUGUGUUGAGGGGAAUGGGACAAGCUGGGUGUAUUCCGGAUUUGGACAGCUAUGGAUCUUUGAUUUCCGAGCUGUGUGAGCUCAGAAUGAUUGAUGCAGUUUCUGAGAUGAUAAGGGAAAUGGUGGUGACGGUCGGAUUGAACCCUAGACAGGAGAUUUUGGUGAAAGUGCUUGAAGCAAUGCGGGCUAACAAGGAAAUAUGGAGAGCGGUUAAGUUGGUUGAGAUGUUAGAAGCCGAGGGAGUGUUCCUUGGAUUCAAAUGCUUUGAGUUGGUUCUUGAAGGAUGCAUAGAGUGUAGGCAGUUUGUCUUGGCGGGGAAAUUCGUGAUGGAUAUGACUAAAAAGGGAUUCAUACCGUACAUUAAGGCAAGACAGAAACUGGUUGAGGGUCUUGCUAGUGUUGAUGAAUGGGAGCUUGGGAUUGCAGUGAGGCAGAGAUUCGCGGAGCUAAAGUCGUAGCUUUUCCAGCACGUAUACAAGAAUGUGUUUUGGCUGGUCAAUGGAAGUUAGGGAUUAUGACAAAACUUCUCAUCUUCUCUCAGGGUACGCAAAACUAUUGCCCUUUCGUUUACUAUAUACAUUAUUCUUUUCAAAAUUAUUUUAUUUUAAGAGAAUUUUUCCUGUUGAUGAUUGAUUUGAUGUGUUAUUAGGCUUUCUUUUGGAUUUUCACGUGUCUGAUCCAACAUAAAAUCAGUUGUGUAUUGGAAGAAUAUGCAAAUAACUUAGAAACGCUAUGAAAUUGAAGAUAUUGAUUGUGUUGCUUUGUAGUAUUAGUUCAUGAGAGUGAGCCUACAUAUCUCAGAAGUGCAAUACUUGUUUUAUACUUCAUCCAUCCUCAAAUCAGCUUCUCAUUUAUUUUUCGCGUGCUUUCUAAGAAAUAUGAGAUUUUGUGAUUGCGAUUUAUUUAGAAGAAAAAGAAAUAUUUCAACAACAGUCAACAGUACAGCACAAUACUUUCUAUUUAAGUAAUGAAAAUAUAAUUUCGGGACAUAUGGAAAAGGAAAGCAGUUGGGGAGAGUAGGUAGUACUGUGGGGAUCAAUACCUUAGCCUUUUCUUUUUUCAAAUGAAACAACAACCGAGCACUUAUUAAGCAAAAGGUAGAGCCUUUCUAGCAAAACAAACAAAAACAGUUGAUGAUCACAUUGUUGUCUACACCAACAUUUGAGUAAAACUUAACUUUUAAAAAUUCCAUGAUCACAUUGUUACUUGGAUUUUGUCAUAGCUUUGGAGCAACAUAAUUUUCAAUUCACUCCUAUCUGAAUAGCCAAAAUUUUACCUUAGCCAUGAUGUUAGAAAAAAUACCUGAAGAUUCAAGCAGCAUGCAUUAAAUGAUUAAUAUCUCAGUCUGAUCAUAUGCAAUGAAUUGGAUAAUAAGCUUAAGAUGUUAGGAACACAAAUAUUUAGGGUAGUUCCAUAAAUAAGAUUAAAUAAAAGAUAAAUUGCAAGAAUAAGAGUAAAUUUUAAAUUUCCAAAGUAGGAGUAACUCUCCCUAUCCUACAUUUGCCAUAUUUUGAUAAGAAUAAUUUUUAUUUAUAAUAAAACGUAAAACAUUGAAAAAAGUAAAAUAAAAAUAGUGUGCAGGCCUCUGCUGCCGCCUCUGCCACCUUUUAGCAUCACCACCGAAAAAUGUCAACAUGCAACCAUAACGUCAUCUUGAUGACAGUUUUAGAGCAAAAUUUGGCAUUUCCAAAGAGUAAUACUGUCAUCUUCAUAACAUUCUCAGUGAAAAAGUGACAUUUUCAAUAGAAGAUGACACUUUUCGGGUGGUCGGUGGUGGCGGUGCUAGGAAGCGGUGACAGAGGCCUGCAUUUUUUUAUGUGCUUUAUUUAUUAAUUUUCUAUUUUUAAAAUUUCCCCUAUUUCUGUUUUAUUUUUAUAUUUCUACGUUUUUAUUAUAUUUUUUUGUUAUUAAUUUUAUGUUUUUAAUAUAAAUAAAAUUAGGAUUUUUUUUAUUAAAAUAUGGUAAGGGUAGCAUAUGAAGAGAGUAUAAAUUACUUUUAUUUUGAAAAUAUAUAAACUUUAGUCCUAGUUUUGCAUUUUGGGGUUAUUUUACUCCUACGUCCUACCUGGGGAAAUUUGCCAAAUAUGUAUUAUCCUAAGUAUGUUUGGAUAGUGGGUUUAGUCUCUAUACUGAUAAAUAGUUUGUGUCUAAAAACUAAUAAAAGGUGCUUCUAAUGUUAUACUUCCUCCGUCCCCCUUACUCGGUUUGGAUAAGGUAUGACUACCUCUCCACUUGGCCCCUUACUCUGAGAGGUACUUUAUAAGCAAUUCUGAGUAUUUUUGGACUUUUUGCGACUGGCCUGAUCUAUGACAUGAGUUACAUCACAAAACGUUCUGUAGUCAACACAGUUUGUUAAUCUAUCUCCAUUAUUCCCGGAGAUUUGUCACUUCCCUGUAGUUUCUAAUGCUGUUAGACACAUGUGUCUUUCAU